ACCUCUUCGACCACAGAAGGCGAAGAGAUAUACACCACAGAGAGUGAGACCACGACUUCGGAUAACGAUUCCGAUACCAUUGCCACACAAAGUAGUGAAUUGCAAACAACGACCACAGAUUCGGACUCCGGUAGUAAUAAUAGCGAGACAUCCAGUGAUAGGCAAACAACCGCUGUUUCGAUCAAUACUGAGAUAUUAAGUGAAUCAAAAAGCAAUGCAAACUCUAAUAAUGAUCUGUGGAUUGAGUCACAAACAAUAUCUACUGAAUCGGAUAUUGAGAGCACAGACAAUAGUGAGACAACGGAAGACACGAGUGAAUGGCUAAUUGAUACGCUCAUCAAUAAAGUGGUGACCACUGAAGUGCCCGCCGAUGACGACCAAGAUCUCGAACUGAAGGCGUCGCUCGACGUCAUAACACACGACUACGAUAUGAACGGAGAGCAGGCAAACGCCACGGAAGCGCCCGAUAUGGACCCUAAUUCAGAGCUGGUCGACGAAAACGGCCGCAAAGAUAAGGGCGAGUCGGCCGAAGAGCAGCACCACGAGCCGACCACCACUACCACCAGCAGCACUAUUACCGGCUCUCCCGGCGAUUCUAAAAGUGAUUUAUUCACCACUCGUAAAAUGAAAUACGGAGAGCUAAGAGUGGGAACCAUAAAACCGGAACCCAAAGAGAACCUAAAAAGCAAAGUGAAGACAAUUGUGGUGAAAAGAGUGGACCAAAUCCGGGAACGAUUCAAUUUGACAGAAGUUACCGCCAAACAGAUGUGUUUGGACUCAGCGCAAGACUCGGGCUACUGGUGCGAGGGAAGUGUCGGCAAACUGUCUGUGCGUUACUUCUAUAGAGCAGAUAAGAAGACGUGCGACUGUUUCCUAUACUACGGCUGUUUAGGGAAUCGAAACAAUUUCCAAACACUGAAGGAA